ACGUCUGUCCCUGAACUGUUCCUGACCGCUGUGAAGCUCAGCCAUGAUGGCACGGGGGCGAGGCACUUACACCUGGCCCGAGAGGACACGAAUAACCUGUUCAGCGUGCAGUUCCGCACCACCCCCACAGAUAGCACAGGGGUCCCGCACGUUCUCGAGCACACGGUCCUGUGUGGCUCAAAGAAGUACCCAUGCAGGGAUCCCUUCUUCAAGAUGCUGAAUCGGUCGCUGUCCACCUUUAUGAAUGCCUUCACAGCUAGUGAUUAUACUCUGUACCCGUUUUCCACACAAAACCCCAAGGACUUCCAGAACCUCCUGUCCGUGUAUUUGGAUGCGACCUUUUUUCCGUGCUUGCGUGAACUUGAUUUCUGGCAGGAAGGAUGGCGACUGGAACAUGAGAAUCCAAGUGACCCCCAGACAGCCUUAACCUUCAAAGGGGUCGUCUUCAAUGAGAUGAAGGGAGCGUUUACAGACAACGAGAGGGUGUUCUCACAGCACCUUCAGAACCUCCUGCUUCCUGACCACACGUACGCCGUUGUCUCCGGUGGUGACCCCUUGUGCAUCCCAGACCUCACGUGGGAGCAGCUCAAACAGUUCCACGCUACGCAUUAUCACCCCAGCAAUGCCAGGUUCUUCACUUACGGCAGUUUUCCACUAGAACAGCAUCUGAAACAAAUUCAUGAAGAGGCACUGAGUAAAUUCCAGAAAACCGAGCCAAGCACCGCAGUGCCUCCUCAGGAGCCCUGGGCUAAGCCGAGGGAAGUCCAGAUCACCUGUGCCCCGGACUCGCUGGCUGCAGAUCCCUCUAAACAGACAACCGUCAGUGUCAGCUUCCUCUUGCCAGACAUCACUGAUACAUUCGAAGCCUUCACGUUGAGCCUUCUGUCUUCACUCUUGAUCGGUGGACCCAAUUCCCCCUUCUACAAAGCUUUAAUCGAAUCUGGGCUCGGCACAGACUUUUCUCCUGACGUUGGGUACAAUGGAAACACCAAGGAGGCCUACUUCAGCGUGGGCCUGCAGGGCAUGGCCGACAAGGACGUUCAGACGGUCCGGGGCAUAAUCGACAGGACGUUUGAGGACGUCAUCGUGAAAGGAUUCGAAGAUGAUCAAAUUGAAGCUUUACUUCAUAAAAUUGAAAUACAAAUGAAGCAUCAGUCUGUCAGCUUUGGACUCGCCCUGACAUCUUACAUAGCUUCUUGCUGGAACCACGAUGGGGACCCUGUGGAGCUCCUGCAGCUGGGACGUCACGUGGCUCAGUUCAGGCAGUGCCUCAAGGAAAAUCCAAAGUUUUUGCAAGAAAAAGUGAAACAGUAUUUUAAGAAUAAUCAGCAUAAGCUGACUUUAUCAAUGACACCAGAUGACAAAUAUUCUGAGAAACAAACACAAAUGGAAAAAGAAAAACUGAAGCAAAAGGUCAGCUCUCUUUCCCUGGAAGACAAGCAGUGGAUCUAUGAAAAAGGUUUGGAAUUACAGACUCAGCAAAGUAAGGCCCACGAUUCCUCUUGUCUGCCGACACUGAAGGUGUCGGACAUCGAACGCAGCAUCCCGUUCACGGAGCUGGCAGUGGCCUUGGCAGCUGGGGACGUCCCGGUGCAGUACUGCGCCCAGCCCACCAACGGCGUGGUCUACUUCCGUGCCUUCUGCAGCCUGCACACGCUGCCCCCCGAGCUGAGGCCCUAUGUGCCGCUCUUCUGCAGUGUCCUCACCAAACUGGGCUGCGGCAGCCUGGACUACAGGGAGCAGGCUCAGCAGAUAGAGCUGAAAACGGGCGGCAUGAGCGCGGUUCCCCGCGUACUGCCUGACGACUCACACCUGGACACCUAUGAGGAGGGUGUGCUGUUUUCAUCUUUCUGCCUGGACAGGAACCUCCCAGACAUGAUGCACCUGUGGGCUGACAUAUUCAGCAGCCCGUGCUUUGAUGAGGAAGAACACUUCAGGGUGUUGGUGAAGAUGGCUGCCCAAGAGCUGUCCAACGGGGUCCCAGACUCAGGGCACCUCUAUGCGUCCAUCCGCGCCAGCAGGACCCUGACGCCCGCGGGAGACUUACAGGAGAUCUUCAGUGGGAUGGAGCAGGUGAGGCUGAUGAAGAACAUCGCAGAAAUGACAGACGUCACACCUGUCCUGACAAAGCUCCCGUGCAUCCAGAAGUAUUUAUUAAACCGUGAGAAUAUGAGGUGUUUGGUGACGGCGACCCCCCAGCAGCUGUCUCAGACAGAACUGGCGGUGGGAGACUUCCUCAGAAACCUGGGGCAAAGGAGGCGGGAGCGGGAGCCGGCGCACCCACACGUGGUGCAGAAACCUAUACCUAAUGGAUCGGGAAGCAGCACACAUGUUAGUGGUUCCCAGGUCAUCAGGAAGCUGAUCACAGACCCCACUUUCAGGCCUUGCCAGAUGAAGACGCACUUCCAGUUCCUGUUCCCCGUAAACUAUGUCGGUGAAUGUGUCAGAACCGCUCCUUACACAGACCCGGACCACGCCAGUCUUAAGAUCCUGGCAAGAUUGAUGACAACUAAAUUCUUGCACACAGAAAUUCGAGAAAAAGGUGGUGCUUAUGGUGGAGGUGCUAAACUCAGCCAUAACGGGAUAUUCAGUUUUUACUCAUAUAGGGAUCCACGUUCGACAGAAACACUCCAGGCUUUUGCGGAGGCCGUCGACUGGGCCAAGGCUGGGAGGUUCUCCCAGCAGGACAUUGAUGAGGCCAAGCUGUCCGUGUUCUCCAAUGUGGACGCACCACUGGCUCCCUCAGACAGAGGCGUGGACCACUUCUUGUACGGCCUCUCGGACGAGCUGAAGCAGGCACACAGGGAGCAGCUCUUUGCCGUCCACCGCCAAGGCCUCAUCGACGUGAGCGACAAGUACCUGGGAGUCGGGAGGAGCACUCACGGGCUGGCUCUGCUGGGGCCUGAGAACACGAAAAUUGCCAAGGACCCGUCGUGGAUAGUUAAGAUGACCAGCAGCUCCAGCUGAGCUCGGGACUCAGCGGCCACAAGCUCACAGGCCCAAGAAGUAAGCCCGAGCCAAAUGUAAUUUGAAAGGUCAAAAGUGAUUGUUUUUCCCAAAUACCAUCAUCAUUUAUCAUUCUGACAAUUUUGCCAAAGGUACGUAGCCUGUCAAGUCAGACCAAAAACUCUUUUAUCUUAAAGAAGGCGGAGAUCGCGUGAUCACGAAGAAACUGAAAUGAUCUCGUGUUAAAUGCCAGAGAUGCACAGAUUACUAUGUAAGACUUCCUAAUAGAAAUGCUUAUUUUACCUUAUUUAUCCUACAAAACUUAUUUAAAACAUGUAAAAAUAAAAGACAACUCUGACUUA